UACGGCGGUCAGUCCACAACCGCGGUCCGUACCCGGCGCUAGCUCGGCCCAUAUUGCAGCGGUUCACUUCACGCAGCGCGAGCGCCAACACUGUGCGGUUUGCCAUGGACAGCUACAGCAGACGUGGCCCCGUGUUCAGGAAAUUCCAGCGGCUGCGGAACCACCAGACCAAAGAGAUCGAAAUCGACCGGCUGUUCAACGAGACAUACGACGAACAACAGUCGACACAAUGCACGCCGAAGGCAUGCCUGGGGAGCCUGAUGGCCAUGCCUGGUCGGAGUACCACAGCACCGAGAUCGCCGGAGGAGCUUCUCAAACACGCCAAGGACUUCCUGGACCAGUACUUCACAUCCAUAAGAAGGCACAACAGCCAGGCGCACCUGUCGCGCUGGGAGCAGGUUCAGCGGGAGGUGGCGACCACGGGCACCUACCAACUCACCGAGACGGAGCUCGUCUACGGCGCCAAGCUGGCCUGGAGGAACUCCGUCAGGUGCAUCGGUCGCAUCCAGUGGUCCAAGCUGCAGGUGUUCGACUGUCGCUACGUGACAACGACCAGUGGAAUGUUUGAAGCACUCUGCAAUCACAUAAAAUACAGCACCAACAAGGGAAAUAUACGGUCUGCCAUCACGGUGUUCCCGCAGCGCACGGACGGAAAGCACGACUACAAAGUAUGGAAUGCCCAACUGAUCAGCUACGCCGGCUACAAGAACCCAGACGGCAGCAUCACGGGAGAUCCCAACAACGUCGAGUUUACCGAGCUGUGUCUGAAGCUGGGCUGGAAGAGCGCGCGCACGAAGUUCGACAUCUUGCCGCUGGUGCUGUCGGCCAACGGACACGACCCGGACUGCUUCGACAUCCCGCCAGAGCUGGUGAUGCGCAUCCCGCUCAGCCACCCCACGUACGAGUGGUUCGAGAAGCUGGGCCUGGAGUGGUACGUGCUGCCCGCCGUAUCCAACAUGCUGUUCGACUGUGGAGGCCUCGAGUUUACGGGCGCGCCCUUCAACGGCUGGUACAUGAGCAGCGAGAUCGGCUGUCGCAACCUGUGCGACACACACCGCUACAACAUGCUGGAGACAUUCGCGGUGAAGAUGGGCCUUGAUACCCGGACUCCGGUGACGCUGUGGAAGGACAAGGCGCUCGUCGAGGCCAACGUCGCCGUUCUGCACAGCUUCCAGGUGAGGGGCGUGACGAUCGUGGAUCACCACACGGCCUCCGAGAGCUUCAUGAAGCACUACGAGAACGAGAUGCGGCUACGCAACGGCUGCCCCGCCGACUGGAUUUGGAUCGUGCCGCCAAUCUCUGGCUCGGUGUGCCCCGUCUUCCACCAGGAGAUGGCGCUCUACAUGCUCAAGCCCUCCUACGAGUAUCAGGAGCCAGCAUGGAAGUCGCAUGUGUGGAAGAAAGGACGGGAUUCUGGAAAGUGUCGCAAACCAAGACGCAAGUUCCACUUCAAGCAGAUCGCCAGAGCCGUCAAGUUUACGUCGAAGCUGUUUGGACGUGCGCUGUCUCGCCGUAUCAAGGCCACAGUGCUGUACGCCACAGAGACUGGGAAAUCGGAGAUGUAUGCCAAGAAACUGGGAGAGAUUUUCGGGCACGCCUUCAACGCACAGGUUUACUGCAUGGCCGACUACGACAUGAGCAGCAUCGAGCACGAGGCGCUGCUGUUGGUGGUCACCUCGACUUUUGGCAACGGCGAUCCGCCCGAGAACGGAGAGAUGUUCGCACAGAACCUGUACGCUAUGAAAAUGGACGAGGAGUCUACGGACGGCUCCAACAAAUUCACCAUGGCGAGCUCCAAGUCGUUCAUCAAGGCCAACAGUCAGACGGAGCUGGCCGGCCUACAGGUGGACCGCAAGCUGGACCGCCUGGACUCUCUGCGCGGCUCCGUCAGCGACAUCAUGUCCGAGGACACGUUCGGCCCGCUCAGCAACGUCAGGUUUGCUGUGUUUGCCUUAGGCUCAAGUGCAUACCCAAAUUUCUGCGCAUUUGGGAAGUAUGUUGAUAACUUACUUGGUGAACUUGGAGGAGAACGUCUGCUGAAAUUGUCCCACGGAGACGAGCUUUGUGGCCAAGAACAGGCAUUCAGAAAAUGGGCAUCAGAUGUAUUCGGUCUUGCCUGUGAGACAUUCUGUCUUGAUGAUGAUGAAACAUUCCUGGAAGCCACACAAGCUUUGAGGGCACCAACUUUAUCAUCUGCUACAGUGAGAUUUGUUGAAUCAAAACAAGCAGAUUUAGCAAAAGCACUCUCAAAAUGUCACAACAAGAAAGUAUCUGGAUGUACUCUUGUAAGGAAAAUUAAUCUUCAUGGAAACGAUGCCAGCCGUGCAACAAUGCUUCUCCAGUUAGGAUGUGAGCUAGCUUACCAACCAGGAGAUCAUGUUGGGGUUUUCCCUUGCAAUAGGCGUGAGCUUGUUGAUGGUAUUUUAGCACGCCUUCAGUCUAGUUUUGACCCCGACCAGCCAAUUGAACUACAAAUGUUGAAGGAGACACAUACUUCAAAUGGUGUUCUCAAAAACUGGGAACCUCAUGAACGCCUCCCACCGUGUUCUCUGAGGACACUUUUCACACGAUUUUUGGAUAUCACUACACCACCAACACCAGAUUUGUUGCAGCAUUUUGCUUCCAUAGCCAGUGAUCCAGAGGACAAGAGACGUUUGAACCUUCUUGCCACUGAACCAGCAGCUUAUGAAGACUGGAGGCAUUGGAGGUUUCCUCACCUUUUGGAGGUCUUAGAAGAGUUUCCAUCUGUGCGGCCUUCUGCUGCUUUGUUAGUAGCACAGUUGACACCUCUGCAGCCACGGUUCUAUAGUAUAUCGUCGUCACCUAGUGUUUAUCAGAAGCAAAUACACAUCACAGUUGCUGUUGUUGUCUACAGAACCCAAGAUGGUGAUGGUCCACUGCACUAUGGCGUGUGUUCAAAUUUCUUGAGAGAUGCUGAAGAAAAUGAUCAAAUUUAUUUAUUUGUAAGAAGUGCACCCAACUUCUACCUUCCUACGGACGUCAAACGGCCAGUUAUAAUGGUGGGUCCUGGCACAGGAAUUGCACCUUUCAGGGGAUUCUGGCAGCACCGGAUGGCCCAGUUACAAGCUUCACAACAAGGCACUGAUGGUUUUGGCAAAAUGUGGUUGUUCUUUGGCUGCCGACAACGAGCUCUUGAUCUGUAUCAUGAUGAAAAAGCAGCAAUGCUGGAAGAAAAAGUGUUGGACAAAGUAUUCCUUGCCCUUUCUCGUGAAGCUGAUAUACCUAAGACAUACGUUCAAGAUUUAAUACGCAAAGAAGCUGCUUCAGUGUACAAGAAACUGGUGGAGGAAGAUGGCCAUUUUUAUGUAUGUGGAGACUGUACAAUGGCUGAACAUGUGUAUCAAAUGCUGAAGUUAAUAAUACAGGAACAUGGGUCUAUGACAGAUGCAGAUGUUGAGAGCUACAUGCUUAAAAUGAGGGAUGAAAACCGAUAUCAUGAGGACAUUUUUGGAAUUACAUUGCGUACAGCAGAAGUACACAACAGGUCAAGAGAGACAGCAAGAAUUCGAAUGGCAUCUCAACCAUAGCACAUAUAAGCUGUACACCAUGGGUGUCACAAUUGCAGCAUAUAUCCUACAUGGUGCCUAUUUAUAUUUUAAUGAAAUAUUAAUUAAAUACAGUGGCACAUAUAUAAAUACUGUUCCUUAAAGAUUUUAAUUAUAGUAAAUUAUAAAAUGCAUUUAUAUGCAGAAAUCUCUCAUAUUUUUUCUGGAAAUAUGUACUGUUUAUGAAAUAUAUAAAAAGCCUAGAUCUUUAGUGUUAGAUGCUACACACAGUGUAAAGAAUUUAUAAUUUCUUUAUUUAUUUAACUUAUACUAUAUUUUUACAUGGUGUUGGGAAGUACUGGAACAAAUGUUCGCUUCCUGUUAGAACAAUAAAUGAAUAAACAAAUUUUCUUAAGUUAGCAAUAAAUUUUGUGAUUGAAUUGAUGAGUAAUUUCCUUGUUCUUGUUAAGUGCGUACAAGUAGAAUGCUGGCUUUGCAAAUUAUUUCAAAAGUCAUACAACAUGUGAUUGCUACAUAUCAGUAAUAAUCAUCAAUAAAAAAUAAUUAAAUCACAAGUGUCAUACAGAGCAGUUUAUCAUGUCACAUUAUUAAAACAAGGAGUCAGAAAUUAGUAAAUAAUGCUGAAUAUCAUUUACUUAACAUUUUGUUCUCUAUGACAGUUUGUUGUGUAAUGUUGCUAUAAUGUAUCACAUUCAUACAGAUGUAGUAGUCAAAGGAAGUCACUCCAAAUUUUUCUUUUGAAGACAUUUUCUCAGAUGAGUUGUAAUUUGAAACAAGGCCUUGUGACAUGAUCCCUUAAUGCAUUGUCAUCUAAAUUGUUUGUUAGAAGUCAUUGGUUUCAAUGUGACGAAUGCAUGUUACUUGCAACCUGUUUCAUGUGCUUGACUAAUAUGCAUUGUUCAGUUAUCGUAAUUUUCCAUUGCUGUAAACGAGUAAGGCAUCCAAUCUGGAAAUAGUUUGAGAUGCAGUAUUGUAUUGUAUUACGAAUAUAUAAGCUCAGUUUCAAGUGCACUAAUAUGUUGAUAGGUCGACACUUGGUACUAAUGAUUAAAUUGUUGUGUUGCAUAAACUACCAAUUUUGACAUCAAAACUCUGGAGGACUAGGUGUUAAGUUUUUAUCAGUUUUUACACUUCUGGCUUAGGUAAAGUGUUUGUGAUCGUAAUCUUAGGAUUAAUGUUAAAUUGUUUGUAAAUGAGAACCUCAGAUAUAUUGUUUUCUUAUAUACAUAUUAGAUUUUAAAAUAUAAGUUGGUCACUUUCAAAGGGGAGAUUUGAAACAUAUACUCAGUUAUGCUAUAAUGUUACACAUGAUCCAAGUUUGUUGAAGUGGAAAUAUUGACUAUGGUCACAAAUUGAACCUUUGUCAGUGAAAUACUCUAUCAUCUCUGAGAUUAUAACCAGUGGCCUUUGGAGUACACAUACAUAUGAGGAAGCCUGAAGUGUUUUUAUUCAUGGAGUAUGUAAGUAAUAUUUACCUGAAUAGUUUGCCUAAGCUGAAACUGCUUGAUAAUUUCAUACAUAAUUAAUAAAUGAAAAACUUAAAGAUUAUUCAUUCUCUCUUUUGUCCACUGUAAAAAUUUAUGAACAAGUGUUUGUGAUUAUGUUGGUGAGAUUGUGAUAUAUUUUAGCUUUCCAAACAAAUUCUAAUGACAAUGAUUUCUGCUGAAUGUCCUAAGAAUGUCGCAUUCAGAUCACUCUGAAUAGAGCCAAAUCUCAGGGUACAUCAAAUGCAUGCUAUCUUUGUUGCUAAAGGGGACUUAUUGAUCUCUACAAGGUUUCUCAAUAAUAGUUAAUUAACCAAAAUUCCUUGGUAUUCAGUUUUUGAAGAUCAGCUUUCCUCAUUUAAACAGCUUGAUCUCUAGUCAGCUCUACUUAUUGAUAUUGUACAAAAUGAUUUUGUAUAAUGAUAAAAAACUGUUAUUACAAGUACUUCAAGCUUACUAUUAAUUCUUAAGAACAUAUGAAUUUGAUGAGCAGUUUUCUUUUUUCAUAACAGCACCUGUUCUUAUUUUGUCAAAUUGAUACUAAAGUGAAAAAAGGCUACUAAACAGUUUAUACUGAGGCCUGUAAACAUUGUUCAAUUGUAUGUUUGACACAACCAUCAGUCAAACUGGUUCAGACUUAAAAACUGAUCUCAGAAAUAAAAUAUAACUUUCUAGUGAAUAACUCCAAGAUAUUGUCUUAGAAUAACACUGAAUGCUUUUAAAAACUGUUGUAAUGGGUUGACUUGUAACUGUCAGUUUCAUUACUGGAUACUGAUGAAGUAAAAUGAUCUCUGCUGUAUCCAUGCAUGAUCAAGUAAGUGAUGUCAUAGCUAAUACCAUAUGUAGAAAUGUCAAAUGAAUAUGACAUACCACUAGAAAAACACAUUGCCAAUCACACCAACAUAUCACAAUUACAACCUUUCAGUCACAUUUCAUGCAAGUUCUAACAUACAUCUUACAAAUAUUUUGAGAAAAUAUUCAGAUUGAAUAACUAAUGUUCAGAAUCUGUUGUCAUCUGUUACUGGAGAUAAAAAUAAAGACAUGUAUAAUAAAGAGUACGGUUGUUUAGUGAUUUUAUUUCUUUGAUGUG